GGGGUUCGAGUUUUUAAGAUGGAUAUUGAGCAAAAGCAAGCCGAUUUCAUCGAUCACUUCGUUAAGCAAGCGUCGGCUCAGAAGGGGACAACCCUUGUUUCCAUUAUCGUCGAAGCGAUGUCUCAUUCUUCACUCUUCGCCUUCUCUGAGAUUCUUGUCGUGCCUACCAUCGCUGAGCUUGAUGGAACUAAAAACUCGAUGUACCUGGAGGUGCUUCGGUUGUUUUCCCAUGGCACAUGGAACGAUUACAAGAGCAAUAGUGGCAGCCUUCCUCAAUUGGUCCCUGAUCAAGUUCUCAAGUUAAAGCAACUCAAUGUCCUUACACUUGCUGAGACGAACAAGGUAUUGUAG